AUGUUUUUGUUUCUUGCUUUUCGGGAUUGGAUUCAUCAGACUUUUCUAUUUAAAUUUCUUCUCUCGUGGUAUCAUUUCAUUUUCACUAUAAAUCAUGAUUCGAUACUUCCAAAUGAAAUCAUAACAAACAUUCUCUUAAGGCUUCCCACAAAGUCUCUAUUGAAAUGUAUGUCUGUUUCGAAAUCAUGGCAUCAACUAAUAUCUAGCCCUUAUUUUGUCAACACUCAUCUCAAAUUAAACGGAAAUCAUAGAGUUGUAUUUCCAGGCAGUGAAAAAUACAAAUUUUGUUCACUCCCUCACCUCUUUAACGAAGAACAACUCACUCAGGAGCUACUUCACAUAGAUCCACCCAUUUUAUCAUCUUUUUUUGUGGGUUCUGCCAAUGGGCUGAUUUUUAUUUGCAAUCACGAAAGGGAGAUGUGUAUAUGGAAUCCCACCAUUAGCAAGUCAAUGAAAUUACUUAAUUCUCCUUGGGGUACCUCUUUCAAUACUAAAUAUGGUUUUGGAUACGAUGACUCAUGUGACGAUUAUAAAGCUUUAUUUAUUGAUCAUUAUCAUGAUUUUAACAAUGGUGAGGUGUACAGUGUGAGGAUUGUCGUCACUAUUUAUAGUUUGAGGAGUGAUUCUUGGAAAACACUCCAUGACCAGCUUCAGGGGAUAUUUCUAAUAAAUCAUUCGGGUAAAUUUGUCAAUGGGAUGAUUUAUUGGAUUGCAUCCACGGGUAUUGAUGAUGAUGAUGCACGCAACAUCAUUUCUUUUGAUGUAGCAAAUGAGACAUGGGGAAGCUUGGAGAUUCCCAUUCGUGGAGAAGACCAUUCUAAUAUCAAACUGGGAGUAGUGGGAAGUGACCUUGCUGUGCUUUAUACUUGUCAUAUAUGUGCUACUACUUCUGAUGUUUGGAUUUUGAAAGACUGUAGAGGUAAUAUGUCAUGGACGAAACGGUUCACCAUCGAAUACCCUCAAUAUGUUGUGCUAUAUAUGUUUUCUUCACCAAAUUUCACAUUUUCUAUACACCUUCGCCAGUCAAAUAAGGGGGACAUUAUACUUUCGAUUCGAGGAUUCAUCAUAUUAUUUGAUGGUUCAACUAAAAAACUAGAACACAUUGCUGCUGUUGGGGGAUACAAUCCUGCAGAAACCAAUGCAGAAAGCAUAGUUAAUCCCCUAACGAUAUCCGGUAAGAAUUCUACUUAG